AUGAAGAUACUCGAUGACUCAAAUACAGAAGCUCAGUACGAAGCAAGCUUUACUGAGGUGCAUGUAGAAACCUGUCUUCCCAAGAAGUCUUCUGUUUCCUGUUCAUUCACUGAUUUACCAUCAUCAUCAUCAGAUCAUCAGGUCUCAUUCAAACCAGUCAUGAUGCUUCAUAUGCAAGUAGGACAACCAAUACAGCAUCAUUAUGAAAAUUGGAAUAAGUUCAGUGUGAGGAUCAAGAAUCAACAAAAUGUGACAUCAAAAGCAUGUAUGGAUCUCUGUAGAACAGAUUUCCGAGACCCCAACCGUAUCUGUAGACUUUGUCACUGCGCCGAACCGACUACAACAACAACGACAACAACAACAACAACAACCACUCCAACAACGACGACAACCACUUCAACUACCACGACGACAACCACUUCAAUUACCACGACGACAACUACUCCAAUUACCACGACGACAACUACUCCAACAACGACGACUCCCACAACAACUACUCCCACAACAACUACUCCCACAACAACUACUCCCACAACAACUACUCCCACAACAACUACUCCCCACUACCACUACUCCAACUACUACCACCACUCCAACUACUACCACUGCUCCAACAACAACGACGACAACUUCCACAACAAAACAACAACAACGACACCAACUUCCACGACAACAACCACUCUAACAACAACAACGACACCAACUUCCACGACAACAACCACUCUAACAACAACAACGACACCAACUUCCACGACAACAACCACUCUAACAACAACAACGACACCAACUUCCACGACAAACAACCACUCUAACAACAACAACGACACCAACUUCCACGACAAUACCACUCUAACAACAACAACGACACCAACUUCCACAACAAGUACCACUCUAACAACAACAACGACACCAACUUCCACAACAAGUACCACUCUAACAACAACAACGACGACAACUUCCACAACAAGUACCACUCUAACAACAACAACGACGACAACUUCCACAACAAGUACCACUCUAACAACAACAACGACGACAACUUCCACAACAAGUACCACUCUAACAACAACGACGACGACAACUUCCACAACAAGUACCACUCUAACAACAACGACGACAACUACUCUAACAACAACUACUCUAACAACAACUACUCUAACAACAACUACUCCCACAACAACAACCACUCCCACAACAACAACCACUCCCACAACAACAACCACUCCCACAACAACAACCACUCCCACAACUACGACAACCACCACUCCAACUCCAACUACUACCACAACAACUACGACAACCACCACUCCAACUCCAACUACUACCACCACUUUAACAACAACGACACCAACUUCCACAACAAGUACCACUCUAACAACAACGACGACAACUUCCACAACAAGUACCACUCUAACAACAACCACUCUGACAACAACAACUCCCACGACAACCAGCACUCCCACAACAACAACAACCACGACAACCAGCACUCCCACAACAACAACGACGACCAGCACUCCCACAACAACAACCACCACGACUACAACAACCACCACUCCCACAACAACACCUACCACGACAACAACUACCACGACAACAGCAACACCUACCACUCCAACAACUACAACCACCACGACAACCACUCCAACAACUACAACCACCACGACAACCACUCCAACAACUACCACCACAACAACAACAACCACCACUCCACCAACUACAACCACCACGACAACCAACUCCAACAACUACCACCACAACAACAACUACCACCACAACAACAACUACAACCACCACGACAACCACUCCAACAACUACAACCACCACGACAACCACUCCAACAACUACCACCACAACAACGACAACUACCACCACAACAACGACAACAACCACUACAACAACUACAACCACAACAACGACAACUACAGAAGACGAAUGCUGUAA